AGUGAUGACACUAUAUGGAUAGUCCUUAUUGCAAGUUGCAAGAAACUUAAGAACAAUGGCCAAGAUAUUUUCUAUAGUUACAUUGGUGAUUUUGUGCGCCGUGAUCGGAGCUGAAGCUCGAAAAUGUUACGUGUGCCGUAACUGCCGUGAAGUAAAAUCAAACCAACAAGAAACAUGUCCUAGCAAAAAACCAAGUGGGUCAAGUCCCACACCAUCUGCAAGCAGCGCCACACCUACGGCUACACCAAUUGCAAGUACUGACACUCCAACGGUAACACCAACGGCAACACCAACUGCCAGCAGCGACACUCCAACGGCAACAGCAACUGCCAGCAGCGACACUCCAACGGCAACACCAACUGCCAGCAGCGAUACUCCAACGGCAACACCAACUGCCAGCAGCGACACUCCAACGGCAACAGCAACUGCCAGCAGCGACACUCCAACGGCAACACCAACUGCCAGCAGCGAUACUCCAACGGCAACACCAACUGCAAGCAGCGAAACUCCAACGGCAACAGCAACUGCCAGCAGCGACACUCCAACGGCAACAGCAACUGCCAGCAGCGACACUCCAACGGCAACACCAACUGCCAGCAGCGACACUCCAACGGCAACAGCAACUGCCAGCAGCGACACUCCAACGGCAACACCAACUGCCAGCAGCGAUACUCCAACGGCAACACCAACUGCAAGCAGCGAAACUCCAACGGCAACAGCAACUGCCAGCAGCGACACUCCAACGGCAACACCAACUGCCAGCUCCGACACUCCAACGGCCACACCAACUGCAAGCAGUAAUACUCCAACAGCAACACCAACUGCAAGCAGCAACACUCCAACGACAACACCAACUGCCAGCAGCGGCACUCCAACGGCAACACCAACUGCAAGCAGCGCCACACCUACAGCAACACCAACUGCCAGCAGCGACACUCCAACGGCAACACCAACUGCAAGCAGUAAUACUCCAACGGCAACACCAACUGCAAGCAGUAAUACUCCAACAGCAACACCAACUGCAAGCAGUAAUACUCCAACAGCAACACCAACUGCAAGCAGCAACACUCCAACGGCAACACCAACUGCCAGCAGCGACACUCCAACGGCAACACCAACUGCAAGCAGUAAUACUCCAACAGCAACACCAACUGCAAGCAGUAAUACUCCAACGGCAACACCAACUGCCAGCAGCGGCACUCCAACGGCAACACCAACUGCAAGCAGUAAUACUCCAACAGCAACACCAACUGCAAGCAGUAAUACUCCUACGGCAACACCAACUGCAAGCAGUAAUACUCCAACAGUAACACCAACUGCCAGCAGCGACACUCCAACGGCAACACCAACUGCAAGCAGUAAUACUCCAACAGCAACACCAACUGCAAGCAGCAACACUCCAACGGCAACACCAACUGCCAGCAGCGACACUCCAACGGCAACACCAACUGCAAGCAGUAAUACUCCAACAGCAACACCAACUGCAAGCAGUAAUACUCCAACGGCAACACCAACUGCCAGCAGCGGCACUCCAACGGCAACACCAACUGCAAGCAGUAAUACUCCAACAGCAACACCAACUGCAAGCAGCAACACUCCAACGGCAACACCAACUGCCAGCAGCGGCACUCCAACGGCAACACCAACUGCAAGCAGCGCCACACCUACAGCAACACCAACUGCCAGCAGCGACACUCCAACGGCAACACCAACUGCAAGCAGUUAUACUCCAACAGCAACACCAACUGCAAGCAGCAACACUCCAACGGCAACACCAACUGCCAGCAGCGACACUCCAACGGCAACACCAACUGCAAGCAGUAAUACUCCAACAGCAACACCAACUGCAAGCAGUAAUACUCCAACGGCAACACCAACUGCCAGCAGCGGCACUCCAACGGCAACACCAACUGCAAGCAGUAAUACUCCUCCGGCAACACCAACUGCAAGCAGUAAUACUCCAACAGCAACACCAACUGCAAGCAGCAACACUCCAAUGGCAACACCAACUGCCAGCAGUGACACUCCAACGGCAACACCAACUGCAAGCAGUAAUACUCCAACAGCAACACCAACUGCAAGCAGCGGCACUCCAACGGCAACACCAACUGCCAGCAGCGGCACUCCAACGGCUACACCAACUGCAAGCACUGACACACCUACGGCUACACCAACUGCAAGCAGCAACACACUUACUGCUGAUGAGCCCGAGUUCAUCUCACGAGGACGACGAUCAUUGCUCUCUAUAAUGCAGGCUAGAGACAUGUAUGAUUCCGAAACAGAAGUUCAGUGCAUAGUUGCAACUUACAUGGAAAAUGGUGUAGAAAUUAUUUCUCGUGGUUGCCACUACCCAUCAGAAGAUGAGAAAUCAGAAACCUCGUUAGAAGAAUGUCGCGAUGUAGCUGGAUCUUCAACAAAUAUUACUAAAUGUAGUGUUUGCAAAUCAGACCUUUGCAACGCCUCUGAUGACGCCGAUUUAAUUCAGAAAGAGCCAGAUAAUUUAGAAUCGGAUACAGAGGAACGGUCGGCUUCGCCUCAAGCUUACAAUUCCGUUAGCAAUAGGCUUGCUAGACCUGGCCUGUACCCAACACAGAUACGUCUGGUGGAAUGUUACGCCUGUGUCGACUGUCCUACAGUACUAGCAAAUACUACCACUAAAUACUGCCCUUACACCAACGAUCCCACUAAAAACAACAAAUGCGUCCUUUACGCUGAGAAGUAUAAACAAAUGGAGAGACCCUGGUACAUUCGCGGCUGUGCUUCGGAACGAGGGUCAUGUGCAGAAAUCACAAGAGCUGAGAGCGCUAACGCAAGAAUUGUAAAGCUGCUACACUGUUCAGAGUGCGAUGGGGACAGAUGUAAUAUAAAUGGCGUGGCUCGUUCACUCCCUAACCUCUUUGCCGCUAUACUCUUUGUAAGAAAUGGGAAAAAUGUUUCAAAGAUCAACUGUAUCCGUGAAAAUUCCAGUUCGAAUACAGCAUGUUGUAACAUCCGAAGUCGAUUCAGCUCGAAGAAAUGA